CCGGGGCCGAGCCAGGGCUGAGCGGCUGGAUCAGACUUGGACGCUGCCGCAGGCGGGAACCUCGGGCUCUCGGCGUCAGGAGCAGAAGUUCCGGCGGCUCGGGCCGGCGGGCAGGGACUGGAAAGGCCGCGAAGCCCGGCGGGGUCGAGGUGCGGAGUUUGCAGGUCCGAGGCUCCUCGCAAGAUGAGGAAUCAGAGGCUCAGAGACAUGAAGUGACCUCCCCAAGGCCGCACAGCUCGUUAGUGGCUGAGACUGUAUUUCAGACCUGGAGUGUUGGGUUCCAAGUCAGUGCCAAGUGCAGUUACAGAGAACAGCAGGAGGGAAGAGCCUGUCAACAGGCCACUAGAGGUGCCAGCUGUUUGGAACUGAAACACUACAGAAGGGGAAGCGGAGAGUGAGGGCUAGGCCCCUUGGGGGCUGAUGGCCAGAGGACUGCUGGAUCUGUACUGGGUGCUGCGCUGGCUCUGUGUGCUGCUGAUGGUGGAGACAGUGUCGGGGGCCGGGGGCCCAUCUGCAGGGACCCGCACUAGCUCCCAGUUUCCAGCCUCGGGUGUGAACCAGAGCCCCGUGGUAGACUGUCGAGAAGUGUGUGGCCUGAAUGCCUCUAACCGCUGUGACUUCGUCCGCUCCAACCCUGACUGCCGCAGUGAAGGGGGCUACCUGGACUACCUCGAAGGCAUCUUCUGCCACUUCCCACCCGACCUCCUCCCUCUGGCCGUCACUCUCUACGCUUUUUGGCUGCUCUACCUGUUUCUGAUUCUGGGAGUUACGGCUGCAAAGUUUUUCUGCCCUAACUUGUCAGCCAUUUCGACCACACUCAAGCUUUCCCACAAUGUGGCAGGCGUCACCUUCCUGGCGUUUGGGAACGGGGCACCGGAUAUCUUCAGCGCCCUGGUGGCCUUCUCAGAUCCGCGCACAGCCGGCCUGGCCUUUGGGGCGCUGUUUGGUGCGGGCGUGCUGGUUACCACCGUGGUGGCCGGUGGCAUCGCCAUCCUGCACCCCUUCACGGUGGCCUCGAGGCCCUUCCUCAGGGACAUCAUUUUCUACAUGGGGGCCGUGUUCCUGAUCUUCACCGCACUCUACCGCGGCCGGGUCACGCUGGCAUGGGCCCUGGGUUACCUGGGCUUCUACGUGUUCUACGUGGUCACUGUGGUUCUCUGCACCUGGAUCUACCAGUGGCAGCAGAGGAGAUCCUUGGUCUGCUCCAUGCCAGGUACUCCAGAGAUACUCUCAGGUUCCGAGGAGGAUCAGGUGUCUUCUAAUACCAACAGCUAUGACUACGGUGAGGAGUACCGGCCGCUGCUCUUCUACCAGGAGGCCACGGCUCAGAUCCUGUUGCAGGCCCUCAACCCCCUGGAUUACAGGAAGUGGAGGACCAAGUCGGUGUACUGGAGGGUCCUCAAGGUGUUCAAGCUACCCGUGGAGUUCCUGCUGCUCCUCACCGUCCCCGUCAUGGACCCCGACAAGGAGGAUGGGAACUGGAAACGGCCCCUCAACUGCCUGCACCUGGUCAUCAGCCCCCUGUUCUUGGUCCUGACCCUGCAGUCGGGGGCCUAUGGCGUCUAUGAGAUAGGUGGCCUCUUUCCCGUCUGGGCCGUGGUGGUGAUCGCAGGUACAGCCUUGGCUGCAGUGACCUUUUUUGCCACAUCCAACAGUGAGCCCCCCAGGCUUCACUGGCUCUUUGCUUUCCUGGGCUUCCUGACCAGCGCCCUGUGGAUCAACGCAGCUGCCACGGAGGUGGUGAACAUCUUACGGUCCCUGGGUGUGGUCUUCCGGCUGAGCAACACCGUCCUGGGGCUCACGCUGCUGGCCUGGGGGAACAGCAUUGGAGAUGUCUUCUCAGAUUUCACCCUGGCCCGCCAGGGCUACCCGCGGAUGGCGUUCUCGGCCUGUUUUGGUGGCAUCAUCUUCAAUAUCCUGGUGGGCGUGGGGCUGGGCUGCCUGCUCCAGAUCUCCAGGGGCCACGUGGAGGUGGAGCUGGAGCCGGAUGGACUGUUGGUGUGGGUCUUGGCUGGCACCCUAGGCCUCAGCCUCGUCUGUUCCCUGGUCUCGGUCCCACUGCAAUGCUUCCAGCUGAACAGAGUUUACGGCUGCUGCCUGCUCCUCUUGUACUUGACCUUCCUCCUGGUGGCCCUGCUCACUGAAUUUGGAGUGAUUCACUUGAAAACUGUGUGAGUGAAGCUGUGUCGGGGUCCGCCUGGUGGUCGGGGGUGUCACCGCAGGCGGUGAGACCGAGGAUGAAGUGCCUUCGUUAGAACCCGCUCAGGCGAGUGUGGCCGAGGCAGAGACCAUGAACGGGGCGUCGCCGCUGUGUGCAGUAAGGACAGCUAAACCUUGUUUCUGGGACUGCGGAGGCUGGGCUUCCCUGUGGACAGAGUUCCAGGCAGGAGGUAGAAGACUUCCUUGCGUUAUCUACAGAGCCUCUUGAAAGUUGGGGUCUGGGGCGAAGGGAAUGCCUGGGUGCCUUCCAGGCUGGAGACAGUUGUGGAGGCCCAGGCCCCUCCCCAUAGUCACCCCCUGUUGCCUUCCCGCUUCUUCUCUCAGGGCUGCCAAACCCGGGUUUAGGGAGUCAGGGUGACUUGGACCUGGCAGAUAGAACAGCUUGUGCGCUGUGGGCCUCAGGCCGAUGCGGGCUGAGUUCUAGAGCUGCGCUGUCCAACAGAAAUAGAAUGUGAGACACGUACCUAAUUUUGAAUCUUCUAGUCGCCACAUUAAUAAAACCAAAAGAAAAAGGUGAAAUUAAUGAUAAUAUAUAUCACUCCAAAAUAGCAGCCAGUGGCACUGGCCCAUUAGUGGCUGCCAUAUUGGACGGCACAGCUCUAGACUCUGCCUCUAGAACUGUCUGCUGGCUUCAGAGGUUUCCCCAGCUGCAAAACAGGAGUCAGUUUGACUGUGCCCUGUGCCUACCUCAGGGGGAGCCCUGGGCUGGGGUUCCUUUGCCUGCGAGCUUCUGGGAGGGUGAUGACCGCUCCCGGGCGCCUUCCUGCUGUCAGCCAGUGACCUGCCUUUUCAAUAAGCAGCUCUUCCAUUUGCUCAAUGCCUUAUGCCGGCAGUAAAGGGACUCAGCUGUCUUUUUUUCCAAUGAAAAAAUUAUUAAAUAUUUCAAGUAUACAGAAAAUAA